AUGUCGUGCUGCUUGUCUUGCUGCGCUGCUUCCACCUGCGGCCUGUGUGGCUCUGUGGCCUCUGGGAUUUCCAGCAAAUCGGCUAGGCUUGCUUACUGCGGUCUCUUCGGGCUUUCCCUGAUCGUGUCUUGGAUUCUCAGAGAAGUUGGUGCUCCUCUCUUGGAGAAGAUCCCAUGGAUAAGCUCUUCUGAGACUCACACCAAGGAGUGGUAUCAAACAGAAGCGGUUCUUCGUGUGAGCAUGGGGAAUUUCUUGUUUUUCGCAGCAUUUGCGCUUAUAAUGAUUGGAGUAAAGGACCAAAAUGACAGACGAGAUUCCUGGCAUCAUGGUGGAUGGAUUGCCAAGAUGGUGGUAUGGCUUUUGCUUGUCGUUCUCAUGUUUUUCAUGCCAGACAUUGUCAUUACAAUCUAUGGUGUCGUAUCAAAAUUUGGGGCAGGCUUAUUUUUACUGGUUCAAGUCAUUAUAUUGUUAGACUGUACUCACUCAUGGAAUGAUGCAUGGGUGGAAAAAGAUGAGCAAAAAUGGUAUAUUGCACUGCUUAUCGUAUCAAUUGUAUGCUACCUUGCAGCAUUUGCGUUCUCAGGCGUUCUGUUCAUUUGGUUCAACCCUUCUGGUGAAGAUUGUGGCCUCAAUAUCUUCUUCAUUGUCAUGACAAUGAUUCUCGCAUUUGGAUUUGCAGUUAUUGCGUUACACCCGAAGGUGAAUGGCAGCCUCCUCCCUGCUUCGGUGAUAUCUGUUUAUAGUGCUUAUGUGUGCUACACGGCUCUUUCCAGUGAACCUCAUGGCUAUGCUUGCAAUGGUCUUCACCAUUCGAAAGCAGUCUCCCUGAGUACCCUUCUUCUUGGGAUGGCAAUGACUGUUCUUUCAGUUUUGUACUCUGCCCUUCGUGCUGGAUCAUCAACAAAUUUUCUAUCACCACCAUCUUCACCCAGGGGAGGUGCAGCUGAAAAGACACCUCUUUUUGACGGCAAAGAGUUGGAGGAAGGGAAAGAGAAAAAUGACAAAGAAGUGAAACCUGUUAGUUAUUCCUAUACGUUUUUCCACCUGAUAUUUGCCUUGGCUAGCAUGUAUUCAGCCAUGCUGCUUUCGGGUUGGACCAGCUCAUCGGAGAGCUCAGAUCUCAUUGACGUUGGGUGGACAUCGGUUUGGGUCAGAAUCUGCACAGAAUGGGUUACUGCUGCACUAUAUGUUUGGUCCCUCAUUGCUCCUAUACUGAUCCCUGAUCGUGAGUUCUAGGUGCCUCCUUCACUUUGUUUCUGAGGUUUCAAGAACUGUCAGUAUUUUUGGUGUUUGCCUGUGGAGUAUAAAUUUAAUCAUGUAAUUACCUUAUUAUCUUUUAGAAAUAGUCAUGGUCGGGAGUCUGCAGUAAACUUGAGCUCGGCUCAAUAUCGAUCGAUGUGUGAUAGAAAUUUCAGGAUUUAAGGCAUGUUUUUUGCACAUUUGAACAAAAAUUUCAAUAAAUUUAAAAGUAGUUUAGGUAAAUCACUAUAUAUUUAAAAUGA